GCAGCGCCGCUCCCGGAGAUGCUCCUGGGGCUCCUGAUUUUUUGGGGGGUCCUGCCCCCCCCCGCCGCCCCCCAGCCCCGCUUCUCGCCCGAGGCCUGGCUGCAGCAGUACGGGUACCUCCCUCCCGGCGACCUCCGCUCGCGGCCGCGCGCGGCGCCGGCCUCGCUCUCGGCGGCGCUGGCGGCCAUGCAGAGCUUCUACGGCAUCCCCGUCACCGGCACCGCCGACGCCGAGACCAUCCGGGCCAUGCGCCGCCCCCGGUGCGGGGUCCCCGAUAAGUUCGGGCCGCAGGUGAAGGCUCAGGUGCGGCGGCGCCGCUUCGCCCUGCAGGGGCUGCGCUGGGAGCAGCCCGAGAUCACCUACAGCAUCCAGAACUACACGCCCAAGGUGGGCGAGGCCGCCACGCGCGCCGCCAUCCGCCGCGCCUUCCAGGUGUGGGCGUCGGCCGCGCCGGCGCUGCGCUUCCGCGAGGUCCCGUACGCGCGCAUCCGCGCCGGCGCCGCGCCCGGCGCCGACAUCAUGGUGCUCUUCGCCGAGGGCUUCCACGGCGACGCCACGCCCUUCGACGGCCCCGGCGGCUUCCUGGCGCACGCCUACUUCCCCGGGCCCCACAUCGGCGGCGACACGCACUUCGACGGCGCCGAGCCCUGGACGCACCGCGGCGACGACCUGAGCGGUAACGACCUGUUCCUGGUGGCCGUGCAUGAGCUGGGCCACGCCCUGGGCCUGGAACAUUCCAGCGACCCCUCGGCCAUCAUGGCGCCCUUCUACCAAUGGAUGGACACCGAGGACUUCGAGCUGCCCGAGGACGACCGGCGCGGCAUCCAGCAGCUCUACGGUGAGACCGGCCGGCAAAACGGGGAGGA